AUGGGUUUUGCGUCCAAGAUCGCGGCCAGCCAGAAUAGCCAGAACAGCUCGAGCCAACCCAGUCAGACGAGUUCACAGCCGUCAUCGCAAACGAUGCCAUCCAAUACAGGCAGCGCAGGCACCUACGGGGGUGCCCCUCCGACCGGCUAUCCAGGAGGCCCGCCGGCAGCCCUGCGGCCUGGUGGAUACCAGCAGCAGCAGCAGCAGCCAUCCCCGACCUCGCCAUACGCAGCGUAUCCCGGUUCGCCGCCACAGGCUUCGGACUAUGCUCCGUAUGGCGGCUCACCUGCUCAACCCUACCAGCCUUACAACCACCCGCCUAGCACAUCGCCCGCGCCGUACGCCCGGGCUCCGCCCCAGCAACCGUCCUCGCCCUACCCCGCACAGCCUCAGCAGGGCUAUGCACGUCCGCCGCCGCCACCCCCCAAGGCCAGCCCUAUGGAUCUUCAGGAUCGCCCUACCCAGGACAGCAGCCCCCAUACCCGGGUAGUCAACCACCCACCCAACCAGCCGGUCAACCGCAAUCGCUCUACCCUGGGCAACCUGCACAACCCGGACAACCCCAGCCAUACUCGGCCCAGGCCUCGUCCGCAUACCCUGGACAGCAACAGCCCUAUGCUCUCCCUACCCCGGCCAGGGCCGCCCGGGACCCUCACCAGGUCCUCCCCAGGGGGGCCAAUAUGGCGCGCCCGGUGGUGCUCCCCCGCCCCAAGCGGCACCCGUGACCCCCAGCAGGUCAACGCCUACCGAAACCUCCUGAUCGGCACGAUUCAGGAAAAGAACCUGCAGAGCUUCUACCCGCCCGAGCGACUGGACCGCCUGGUCCAGUCCCUGGCCAACGAUGCACCGGCCCGACUGCAGCGCUUGAUCCACGAAUGGUCGGUUCCUAUGGAAGUCGCCACCGAUGUCAUGAAGCUGUCCCUGUUCGAUGUGAUCCUCUACGUGGACGAUAGCGGAUCGAUCGAGUUCGAGGAGAAGGGCCUGCGGAAGGAACAGCUGCGCCAGAUCCUCGGCAUCGUCGCCACGGCCGCCUCGACGUUCGACCAGGACGGCAUCUCUGUGCGAUUCAUGAACUCCAUGGAGACGGGCGACGGUAUUCGCAGCGCCGACGACGUCAACCAGCUGGUGUCACGGGUGCGGUUCUCCGGUCUGACGCCGCUGGGCACGAGUCUUCGUAGCAAGGUCAUCGACCCAUUGGUGGUCGGCCCGGCCCGCGCCAACCGCCUCGACAAGCCCGUCUUGAUCAUCACCAUCACCGACGGCCAGCCGGCUGGGGAGGCGCACAGUACUGUCGGCGACGCCAUUCGUUACGCCGUCGAUGAGACCUCCCGCACUCGCUACGGUCGUGGUGCUGUGUCCUUCCAGUUCUCCCAGGUCGGCAACGACCAGCGAGCCCGGGAUUUCCUGUCCGAUCUGGACGAGGACCCUCACAUUGGCCAGCUGAUCGACUGCACUUCCAACUUCGAGGUAGAACAGGAUGAAAUGUCACGGGCGAACCCGCCAGUGCAUCUGACGCGUGAACUCUGGGUCGCUUUCUUCGAACAGUGUGCCAAGCUCAUGCUCGGUGCUAUCGACUCUUCAUACGACACCAAGGACGAGAAAGCCGCCGGCCGUGCCACCGGUGGUGCUCCGCCGGCUCCUCAGGGGGGUAUGGCGGCGGAUAUGCCCAGCCGUCGCCCGGACUAA